AUGACGUCAUCAUCGGGCGGUGGAAGAUAUAUGUCGUACUCGCCGUCGCCGUCGGCACCUCACUCUCCCCACCUUUCCGGCCUUCGCUCCGCCUCAUCCGCAGCUCUCGUCGCCGCCGAGCAAGAAAAGUAUGUCGCGAGAUCUGUUCUUAAUUUAUCGAUUGCCUAG